GUAUUUAAGCACCACAGAUCGCCAAGCAUGGACAAGCUUUUUGGCACUCUUGGUCCCCAGGGCGCCAUUUUGUUCGACUUCCGACAGCGCCUACGACGUCGCGGCUCAGGUUCACAUUGUCAGGAUGAAGACUGUCCAGUUCGCGUUCGCAGGGCUCCUGGCUGCUGUCAGUCGUGCGAGCCCGGUGACCAACUCGCCCGAGGCCGGCUCUACGACGUCGGAUCGCUAUCCUCCUUCGGCCACAUCCGUCAACAGUGAACUCUUCCCUGGGGAACCCGUCGUCGGAUAUCCCGGCACAACCGUCACUGGCAUUGAGCCCGCUGCUGCGGAGACGGCGCCUUCUUACCCGUAUAAUGACGGGCCGGCCAACCAGUUUCCCCUCGUCGCCCCGGUGCCGCACGGCGAGUCGGAGUCGUCAGAGUUCGACAUCAAGAAGUACUGGGGCAACCUGUCUCCAUGGUACUCAGUCUCUUCUGCGGACUACGGCCUCCCGGAUGCUAGCCCGCUCAUCCCGGAUGGAUGUGACAUAGUCCAGGUCCAUCUGCUUUACCGGCACGGCGCUCGGUAUCCCACGAGCGGCGCUGCCCCGGCACAGUUUGCACAGAAGAUUCACAACGCCACCAAGACCGGCUUCAGCGCCUCCGGAGACCUGAGCUUCCUGGCUGAUUGGACUUACAAGCUCGGCGCUGAGCUGCUCACCCCCUUCGGCCGGAGCCAGAACUUCCAGCUCGGCAUCGAGUACCGCCAGCUCUACGGAUCACUGCUCAACAACUUCACCGAGCAAGGGACCAUCCCCGUGUUCCGGACCCAGUCGCAGGACCGCAUGGUCAAGACCGCCAACAACUUUGCCGCGGGGUUCUUCGGCGUGCCCGAGUACCUCGACCAGGUCAACAUCGAGAUCAUCGUCGAGGCCGCCGGCGUCAACAACUCCGGCGCGCCCUACGAGACGUGCACCAACGCCGACGUGGCCAGCAGGGGCUCCAUCGGCAGCGCCGUCGCGGCCAGGUUUGCAAACAACGCGUUCAACGCCACGCUGGCCCGCCUCAACUCCCUGGUCACGGGCGUCACGUUCACGCCGGCCGACGCCAUCUCCAUGCUGCAGCUCUGCUCGUACGAGACCAACGCCCUGGGCUACUCGGCCUUCUGCGGCCUCUUCACCCAGCAGGACUACCUCAACUACGAGUACUACUACGACCUGUCCUUCUACUACUCCAACGGGCCCGGGUCCCCGGUCUCCGCCGCCCAGGGCAAGGGGUACCUGCAGGAGUUUGUCGCGCGCUUCACGGGGGGGUACCCAACGCCCGAGUCUGCCCUCAACGAGACGUACGACGACAACCCGACCUACUUCCCGCUCAACCAGAGCAUCUACGCCGACGCGACGCACGAGGUCGUUGUUCUCGACACGCUGACCGCGUUCAACCUCACCGCCCUGUUCCAGGGCGAGCCGCUCUCGGCGGCGGGGAACAGCCGGUCGAACAACUUUGUCGCGAGCAAGGUCGUGCCGUUCGCGACGCACUUUACCGUGCAGGUGCUCGAGUGCCCUGCGUAUCAGCCUACGAAGCAGAUCCGUUUUAUUGUGAACGACGCCGUGGUCCCUGUCAAUGGCUCAUACCCUGGUUGUGACUACGAUGCGGACGGCCUUUGCUCCUUUGACAACGUCGUGUCUGUCCUGCAGAAGCGGAUUGAUGAGAUUGACUAUGACUACGACUGUUUUGGUAACUACACAGCGGAGGCGGGGCACGAUUACAAUGGUCGUGCUCCUAGAUAGGGAACAGUGUAGAAUACCAGGAUAUCACUGAGGGUCCUCGGCUCUCACUCAUCAUGGGUAAUGGGAUUAUUCUCGCUUCAUAGCAUGCCAGCUCGUGUGACAGCGACAUGUUAUAGUGGUUUCGUUUCUAAUCCCUAUACAUAUAAAACGUGUAUGGC